UUUCCGCUGUUGGAAAUUGAAAGUUUUAAGGGUAGAUAUGAUAAAUAGGGAGGAUGUGAAGAGAAGUGUGCAGAGUGCAGCUGACAGGUGAGGCACGACCGUUAGGUUUACACAUAGACUAGUACCUAAAGUUCAAAUGAGAAGUCCCGGCAAAAUCGGCCAAUCUCUUUUGAACAAAAGACCAUCCCUUCCCCAUCACCAGACACAAACCAUCAGCAAAGAAAGGGCAGAAACAGCCAAAGUUUUUAGUAAUCAAUUUGUGUGUGAUGGAAGAGGUGAUGAUGAAUGGUUAUGCAUCUCCCCCAUCACCACCUCUACCCAUCAGUGUCGGACCUGGAAACAGUAACUACUUGUUUUCACCUUCACCAACUCCUUCACCGCCUACUCCCGGCCAUGCUUCCACUGAAAGCCUCCCUCUUUUGCGUCAUAACCCGACGUCCACACCAGGGCAAGUAACAUCAGCUUUUUCACUUGACCGGAAACUCCCCGAUGAAUUGGAAGAUCAAAGUUCAUGCCUUAAGGACUUGUUGGAAUGGUUGGUGCGAAAAUGCUGCAAUUGCUGCUGCACCUGAGGUGCUAUCUUAUUACAUUUUCCAUGUCAGCUGCGCAAAGUUCCCGAUGCAUACAAACUAACAACCUUCGGUCAACUCUUGUUUCUUGUCUUUAUUUUCUGCCUUUCCUGUAGCUGCUAGUACUGCUGACCCAUUCCGUUGAUAGAAUUUUCACAACUGCAUGAAACAAAAAAAGAAAAAAAAAACAUUUGUGACACGAUUCUUCAAACAUGUCAUUACUUUUGAGAUUCCUGUAUGUUGUGCAAUAGUAUGACAAGAUGCAUGAUACUAA